AUUGUUUCCAACUUUUUGAAAAGCGCAUGAGCAGAGAUGAAGUUCACAUUGCUCAGUGUUUUUGCUUGCUCGCCUGCUGCAGUGAUCCGAGGUGUUGCUCCAGAAGUCCAGAGCAAGUACCUCCAAAGCUUACAUUGCGGGGGUGAGGAGGUUGCUCUUUCAGCAAUCAACGAUGAUUAUUGCGAUUGUGAUGAUGGUUCCGAUGAACCAGGCACCGGAGCGUGUUCCGGACAGGAGGCCACUUUAUUUCACUGUCCAAACGUGGAAAGCACACCUCAAGUGGUAUACGCAUCCAGAGUUGGCGAUGGAAUUUGUGAUUGUUGCGACGGUUCCGAUGAGGCGCAUUUACUAGGCCAACGUGCUUGCCCAAAUACCUGUCGCGAAGAAGGUCAAAGGCAGAGUGCUGAGAGGGAAAAGAAGCUGGAAGAUUUGCGUGCUGGUUUGAAGGUGAAGUUGGAGACCAUCUCCCAGGCCAAGCAGCAGAAACAGGAGAAAGAAGAGCAGAUUCAGAGGAUCAAUGGGGAACUCCCUGGAUUGGAAGCGCAACUCACGGAGCUGCUCAAGAAGAAGGAGGAGGCCGAUGCUGUGCGGCUUCAGGCGGAUUGCAAGACAGAGCUGCCCAGGCUCAGACAAAAAGUCAAGGAUUUGGAGGAGAAGCUUGCUUCUUUAGAAAGUCAGUUGGCAAGAGUACAAGGAGAAACAACAAGCACGACAACGAAAAAGGUUGUGUCCGAGUAUGCGAAAUGGAUGGAUGGUGCGGAUGCCAUGGAAGAUGAGAAGGAUGAGACGGACAUGGAACCCGACACGACGUCUCAGGAUACUCAGGAAGUGGACGGAGGAGUGGCCUCGAACGCUGUGUCGAGCGACAGAGCAGAUCAGGAGGAGGAUCCUUUGGAGAAGGAGUUGAAGGAGAUGGAAGGAGUGCUGAAGAGCAACAAGGAUCUGAGGUCUCGCCUGACCAAGGAACUGGAAGAGUUGCGUGAGGAGCAUUUUGGCUUCGCCAGUCUUCGUGACAAAUGCUUGGAGUUCAAAAGCUCUGAGUACACCUACAAGCUUUGUUUCUUCAAAGAUGCCAAGCAAUCCUUCACGAGAUUAGGCAAUUGGGAUGGCUUCACAAGCCCCACGGAGGCCGUCUUCAAGAAUGGUGAAAUGUGCUUUGGAGGCCCAGCGAGAAGUUUAAAGGUCUCCUUUCAGUGCGGCGCAACGGAGGAAGUGGUAUCUCUUGAUGAACCUUCCCGAUGCAAUUACGCUGCGGUGGUGCGUCAUUCCGGGGCUUGCGUAGAGACGAUGAUGGAAGAGUUGGAGUCUCCACGAAUCAGGCAUCCGAAGGAGGAACUGUAAAGCUGACGCGGCUUGGCACUGCGAAGCUGUAGCUGCGAGAACGAAGAAGGAGCUGCGGG